AUGAGUCUCACGGAUGUCAGCGAUGUUGAGGGCUGGAUUCAGCAUCUCAUGCAAUGCAAACAACUUCCAGAAGCAGACAUUAAGCGACUCUGUGAAAAGGCUCGAGAGAUUCUGACUGAAGAGUCCAACGUCCAGCCUGUUCGCUGCCCUGUGACCGUCUGCGGUGAUAUUCAUGGUCAAUUUCACGACCUGAUGGAGCUUUUCCGCAUUGGAGGUAACUCGCCUGAUACCAACUAUUUGUUUAUGGGUGAUUAUGUCGACCGCGGCUACUAUUCUGUUGAGACUGUGACACUACUCGUUGCUCUCAAGGUUCGCUAUAAGGACCGCGUCACGAUUUUGAGAGGAAAUCAUGAAUCGCGUCAGAUCACUCAAGUAUAUGGAUUCUACGACGAGUGCCUGCGAAAAUAUGGCAAUGCUAAUGUUUGGAAGGCGUUUACGGAUCUAUUCGAUUAUCUUCCUCUGACUGCUUUGAUUGAGGACCAGAUCUUCUGUCUCCAUGGGGGCCUUUCUCCUUCAAUCGACUCUCUUGACCACAUUCGCCAAUUGGACCGUAUCCAGGAAGUACCACAUGAAGGACCUAUGUGUGAUUUGCUCUGGUCUGAUCCAGAUGAUCGCUGUGGGUGGGGUAUUUCACCCAGAGGCGCCGGUUAUACCUUUGGUCAGGACGUCUCAGAGACAUUUAAUCAUAACAAUGGAUUAACUUUAAUUGCGAGAGCGCAUCAAUUGGUCAUGGAGGGCUACAAUUGGUGCCAGGACAGGAACGUAGUGACUAUUUUUAGCGCACCCAACUAUUGUUACCGGUGUGGCAAUCAGGCCGCUAUCAUGGAGAUUGAUGAGCAUCUCAAGUAUACAUUCCUGCAGUUUGAUCCCGCUCCUCGUCGUGGCGAACCUCAUGUCAGUCGCCAUGUCCCGGAUUAUUUCCUUUAA